AUGAGGCAGGUAUCUGGAGUGGGGUUCCUCCUGGGGCUGAUGGCUCUCCCAGCGGCGCUGGGACAGAGAAGCUCGGGAAGCUCCGCGAAUAGCAGCCACCCUACAAGCUUUGCCAUCGUCUCUUUCGCAUGGAAACACGUCAAGGACCCUUAUAUCAUUACACUCUGGAUACUUGUGGCCAGCUUGGCCAAAAUUGUUUUCCACUUGUCCCACAAAGUCACUCGGGUGGUUCCAGAGAGUGCUCUGUUGAUUGUUCUUGGUCUUGUCCUUGGUGGCAUUGUAUGGGCAGCAGAUCACAUUGCCUCCUUCGCCCUUACACCAACUGUAUUUUUCUUCUAUCUGCUGCCCCCCAUUGUUUUGGACGCUGGAUAUUUUAUGCCAAACAGAUUGUUCUUUGGAAAUCUUGGUUCCAUCCUUUUGUAUGCUGUCAUCGGGACAGUCUGGAAUGCGGCCACAACCGGUUUAUCUCUCUAUGGUGUCUAUCUGACAGGAAUAAUGGGCCAGCUGAAGAUUGGACUGCUAGACUUCCUCCUGUUUGGCAGCUUAAUUGCCGCUGUGGAUCCUGUAGCUGUUCUAGCAGUGUUUGAAGAAGUCCAUGUCAAUGAAGUUCUAUUCAUCAUUGUUUUUGGAGAAUCACUUCUGAACGAUGCUGUAACUGUGGUGCUGUACAAUGUGUUUAAAUCUUUCGUUGAAAUAGGUCCAGAGAACGUGACGGGGAUUGAAUGCGUCAAAGGCAUAG